GGGUCAGUCUCUCCCGCUGCUGCUGCUCAAGCGGAUCGCGCGCCGCUCCUUUCUCUCCGAUCCUCGUGCGUGUGGAUGAAAGCCCGCGCGCGCGUCCGUGAUGCAGGACCGGUCAGCGCGAGAGCCACCACAUCGAGCGACGGCAGACGACGAGCGGCAGACAUCAGACAGCGAGAUCAAAGCCAAAGCGGCAAGCGCGCGCCUGCUGGAGCCGCCGCCGCCGCCGCCACCGCGUGCGUGAGAUGAGCGCGUGACCUGCAGCAUGUCCGCGCGGAAGGUCUCGUCCGAGUCGUUCAGCUCCGCGAGCUCGGAGUGUGUGGAGAGCCCUGAGCGCGCGGACUGGCCGGACUGCCCGCUCGCGCUCUGGAACGGCCGCAGCCCCGCGCGCGCGGCACCCCGGCGCAGGAGACGCGUGAACCUGGACUCGCUGGGGGAGAGUCUGAGGAGACUUACAUCACCGACGACGCAGACGAUUCAGCAGGCUCUGCAGAGAACUGUGGAGUUCUACAGGCACAGAAAUAUCAGCAGUGAGGAUGGCGCUGAGGAGAAGUGUGUGUUAGAGAAGUGUCCAUUUAUAAACUCGCAAUCCGAUGACCAGACUGACAUCUCAGGAAUACUGCAGUACACCGCCGCUAUAGUGGGUAUUGGGUUUCCUACGCUGCGUGAGCGUUUUGGGGAGGAGUUUUUUGGCUUGUGUCUGGAGGAGAAUGAGAGGGUUCUGCGUUCUCUGGGCGGGAACCUGCAGGAUUUCUUCAACGGCUUUGAUGCCCUGUUGGAGCAUGCCCGGACCUCGUACGGCCGCAGAGCGUCCUCAGAAUCACCCUCGUUUCUGUGCAAAGAUGCCCAUGGAGAGACAGACGACGAUACCGAGACAGAAAAGGAGAAAGGAAAGACUCUUCUUCUGCACUGCUUCAACCCUGACCCCACGGUGGGCGUGGCAAUGCCGGGCCUUAUCCGGGCAGCCGCUUGCCGGAUUUACCAAUCAGAAGUCCAGGUGGAGGAGACCGAUCCCACCUGGCUCCAUGUGGCCAGCGAGGAUGGAGAACUGUCUGCAGACUCAACCCCUUCGUCAUCUCCAUCCCCGCCCACUUCUACACCCCCGGCCUGCCUGUCCUUCCGCAUAAGAGAGGUCAGGACAUCUUUGUCAUCUUCGUCGUCCUCCUCUUCCUCACGGCAGCUGUCGCGCUCGCCUUUGGAUCUGCGGAUCAGCCUCAGCACGUUCUGCAGGGCGUGUCCAUUCCACCUGGUCAUUGGCCCCAGCAUGGAGGUGCUGCAAGUGGGGGAGGGGCUAAGGCAGGUGGGGGAGGGGCUUAGGAAGCCACACCGGACACUGAGUUUCAGCGACAGCUUCCAGCUCGUCUCUCCCAGGAUUCCUUGCUCUUUCCAGAACAUUCUGCUACGCCUGGCCACACCAUUUACCAUCCGCACGCGGCCCGACUCGUCCGGUUUGGACAGCAAGGAGAAGGUGAUGGAGCUGAAAGGCCAGAUGAUCCACCUGCCCGAGUCCAACUCCAUUAUGUUCCUCGGCUCACCGCGCGUCGACAGGCUGGAGGAGCUGAUGGGACGGGGCCUGCACCUCUCCGACAUCCCCAUCCAUGAUGCAACCCGUGACGUCAUCCUGGUGGGUGAGCAGGCAAAGGCCCAGGACGGUCUGAAGAAGCGGAUGGAUAAGCUUAAGGCCACUCUGGAGCGGACCCACCAGGCCCUGGAGGAGGAGAAGCGGCGGACUGUGGAGCUGCUCUACUCCAUCUUCCCAGGCGACGUGGCGCAGAGGCUCUGGCAGGGCCUGCCCGUCCAGGCCAAGAAGUUUGAUGACGUCACCAUGCUGUUCUCGGACAUCGUGGGCUUCACAGCUGUUUGCGCUCAGUGCACACCCAUGCAGGUUAUCAGCAUGCUCAACGAGCUCUAUACGCGCUUUGACUACCAGUGUGGCGUGCUGGAUGUCUACAAGAUUGAGACUAUAGGUGAUGCAUACUGUGUGGCUGCUGGGCUCCAUAAGAAGUGUGAGAGCCACGCUCGGCCCAUCGCCCUGAUGGCCCUGAAGAUGAUGGAGCUCUCAGAGGAGGUUCUCACGCCGGACGCUAAACCCAUACAGUUGCGUAUAGGGAUCCACUCCGGCUCAGUGCUGGCGGGAGUUGUCGGGGUGAAGAUGCCGCGUUACUGCCUCUUCGGAAACAACGUCACACUGGCCAGCAAAUUCGAGUCUGGCAGCAAACCGCGCUGCAUUAACGUCAGCCCAACCACAUACCAACUCCUCCGUGAUGACCGCUCCUUUUCUUUCGUUCCACGUUCCCGUCAGGACCUUCCUGACAACUUUCCCAAAGAGAUCUCGGGAAUCUGCUACUUCCUGGAGGCGGGCAGGUCCCACAGCCAUGCCCCUCUGACCAGCACUCGCUCCGCCCCCAUCCGGAAGGUGUCCUACAACAUCGGGACCAUGUUUCUACGCGAGACCAGCCUCUGAGUUAAACCCCGCCCACCUGCUACUAAACCACGCCUUGCAGGCUAGUGUUGCCCUAGGCAACCAGUUGCUCUGCCUCUCGGACACUGCGCUCCGCCCCCAGGGGUGAACAGAUGAGAUGAGGACUAGAGGAGACGUGAAUAUUCAUGAAUAUUCAAAUUUUACUUUAAAGAGACUUGGAAAUUUAAAUAUAUAUAUUUGAAUAAAUAUAUAUAUGAUAUAUAUUUGCAUAAAGCCUUCUGCUCCACUACAUACGCAACAUGCACACACAGAUAUACCAUAAUAACAAUAAUAUAAACACUAGACACACAAGUAUAGCGUACAGCAGUGCCAAGAUAUGCCACACACACACACACACACAUUUAUAAACACAGAUAUACAAUAACGAUAAAACUUCCUGUGUAUCUUUGCGUUUCAUGUGGCGUCACACUGAGUAACCGUUGAAUGUGCUAAGCUAAUGAGGCGCCUGUCUGUUUGCUGCACUGUUGGCUGCUGUAGCCGUAAAAUAAGUGAGGGAUUAGCGAUGGAGUCAGCAGGUCGCAGGAAUCAGCUCCAGCCUCAUCUCUUUAAUGAUAUUUGACAUUCCCAGGAGCACCGAAUGGUGAACGGUGAUGGUCCGUACUUCCCCCUGAUCAUGCUAGACCCCCAAAGUCCAGGUAGUGUGAUCACUCUGUCCCAGGUCCACUUAAAGCAAUGGGCUCAGAGUUCUUCAGAUUGAUGUCGUAUGUGCUGUGGAUGGUCCUAUAUAUCACCAAAAGUAGAAGAACCCAUUUUGGUACUAUGUAGAACCCUUUUCAAAAAGGAUUAUCCACUAGGGGUUCCACAGAGUAGUGGAGUUUACUGCUCGGUGAUGACACUUUAAUCUUGAGUCUCUGAUCAUGUGAUUAUCACAGUAAUAACGUGGAUCGCAGAGGUGAGGAGGCUGAUGAUUUCAGAGUCCAGUUUCAAGUCGGUUACUCUUAUUUUCUCCAUGGUACAGCACUUUAAAUUCCUCUGGCUCUCCAGACCUCCAUCAUGGGUGAUUGCCUUGGCAAGGCCACCUAGGGUGCGCCUAAGUAGGAUACACAUUUAUGAGAUUCUGCGGUCUGUAUCUCCGGUUCCCUGAAAGCCAGCAAUGUGAUCCAGGGCUCGUUGGAAAGGACACAUCCUGCUCUACUGACCUGUGGAGUUGGGCCUCAUUGGGGAUUUCUAAAGUCACUUGUUUACAAGUGUUCACUUCUGCUGUGGUUUCAUUCAUGAUGUCAUCGUGAUUAGCUGAUGUCGACUCGACUUUACAUGACUGUCGACUUUAAAACAUCUGAAGUUGUGCAAUCCCUAAUAUCCAGUAAUGCUUUCUCUUAAAAGCGAUGUGCUCUAGUUUGAAUCUUCUUUCACAUCUAGUUCUGUUCACAUCAUUCCAGAAAUACUGUUCCAAGCAUGGCGGAGACAACGGAAAAGAUUGCACAACUGAAAUGCAACGAUACACAAACACACACAUUCACACAGUACUGUGUAAGAGUCCGAGACCCCCACACAUCUGUUUAACUUACAGUCAAAACACUCACUCAGUACAGAUGUCUGUACAGAUAUAAGAUAGUCCACCUGUACAACAAAGAAGAAUGACAAACAGGAGUUUCCAAAACUGGAGUUCAAAAACUGAUUAAAAGCUCCAGUGAAAAUGUGGCUCCUAACAACCACCCGGAAGAGCUGGUAGACCCCAAAACUGCCCCCAUCAGAUAAACAGCACU